AUGUCACUUAAGAAACCUGUCCCCUCUGAAAUACCAUUACCUUCCACACCUCCUCCAGCCUAUAAAGCACUCUCCGAAUCUUCACCUGACACUCAUCCUACACCAGAACCACCUACCGAGAAAGCAAACACUCUCCCAGAUUAUCAUCCAACCAGACCUUAUAAACUCGUUCCGACACUCAUUGCAGAGAAAGUACAGAACAGACCCAUAUCCAAAUCGAAGAAACAGGAAGAAGGAGUAUUCCAAUAUCCCCCACCCCCUCCUCCACCUAGGAUAUUUGACUGGGCUGAAUUGUCCAAAUCGAAACCGAAACGGACACCUUCACCUAGAUUCUCAACACCCGAGACCACCAAAGAACCGUCACCUUCAGUUUCCACUUCUACAACGAAAUCGAAUAAACUACAGAAGAAGAAAUCUCGACCCCGAUUUCCUCCUGGAGUGAAGUUUGAAGAAGAGGAAAGCAAUACCAACCACAAUAAGAACAAACCUGAAACGAUUCCUACACCUAAUAAAGAACAAGAGAUUACCCAAGUAACUACUACACCGCCACCGCCCCCGCCGCCGCCAGCCCUCUGGACGGACUACAACUUACCGUGGUACGUGAAACGAACCAAGAUGGCCGCUCCACCUAGAAUGCUCAUCCUCUCCGGAGGAGGGUACGAGGCUUUCGUAGCUAUGCCUCCGUCUUAUGAGAAAGCACUUGCCCUCGCCAUUGAAAAGUUCAAUAUCCCCAAUACUCACAUGAUCAGAUUAUCAUGUAAAGCUUCAGACAUGCAGUGGAUAGGUGGAUAUGCAGGCUCAGAGGAUAUUUUCAUUGCCGAUAACGAUUCGUUUCAUUAUGCCUGUGCCGGUAAACACGUUGCUCGUCUCGGCGUACAUGUUUACGAUAAAAAUGCAAAACCUGGUCCAGCACCUGCCGCACCGGCGGACAGUGGCGGAGGUGGCGGAGAAAAGAAAGAAGAGAAGAAAGAGGCCAAACCUCCUGCUCCGCCUCCCACUGCCGAUCAAAGUUUGACCUGUCAGACUACUGCUGGUAAGAAUGUCACUCUUGCUGCCAAAGUUACUGGAGAACUGGCAAAAGGUAUCCCCGCUGGAAAUUAUCUCGGUACCUUGUCGAUCGAGGACAAGACUUGGAAACAAACCUUCGUAGGGAAUCAACUUGGCCCCAAUGAAGUAAUGACCAAAUACGUCGUUCACGAUAAGAAUACCGCUCGAUUAAUUUUCAGACCCCGAUCGGCGAGACCAAGUAUUGAAUUUCUUCAUCCUGAAGAGAAAAGUCUCGAAGUGUCCCUUUCCAUCGCAGAUUGGACAGUAACAUCUGCUUACCCAAUGACUUCAUUACUUCCUGAUGGCGCCAGACAAAAGCUCAGAUGGUUCUUGAAAGUUCAACCGGGGGGUAUCGUCGAAGAUAUGUUGACUGGAACUCAGUCCAAUGGAUUAUUCAUGGAGAUGAUUCCAAGUGUUAAAGCUAAACCUGACAAAGAGCCUGAUCCAGAUGCUCCUCUGAUCCCAGUAUGGCCCGAUAUUCGACCUUCAAACGCAUGGUGUUUACCUCAAACUAUAUUCAUACCUCACAUAGAUAGGAUCUUGACUGCUCUGGGAUUACCAGUGGAAAGUAGAACGGCGAUGAUCACCUCUUGGCUACCCGGUCUCACAAGGCAUAAGAACAUUGCUUAUAGGAUCCUCAACCGAAGUCAACUUGAUCCUUCAUCCACGUUAACUAUUAUCCCUCCACCCUCAGUGAUGUUGAGAAUCUUCGUCCUGUUCAAGGGUAUACCCGAUUCCGAAUUGAAAGAUUGGGAGAACGCAGGCGUCUUACAUGCUGAGAUGGGACUAGAUUGGCGUGACUCGGUCGGCUGGACACCCGAUUUGGCGGAUGACAAUCUUUUUAGGGCGAUUGAAUAUGGUGCGAUGUAA